ACUUUCAUUAUCCUUGAAAAAUGAGAGUAAUGAGAGCCACUCCUCUUUCUUUCUGCAGUGUGGCAGGUCACUAAAUUAAGACUUGUUCGGAUUAGCUAACUCGAACUUGUACUCUUGUGUUUCUCCACCAAAACAACUUGGAGCAAAGAAGGAACUGAAUUGACAUGGCUGAAGAGAAUGAACAUGAUGAGGCAACUACAUCAAAUGAGAAAAGGGUAGAAAAGAGCAAAGGAAAAGAAAACCCUGAGACAGUUCCAUUUCACAAGCUGUUCAUUUUUGCCGACUCCACAGACAUUCUGUUGAUGGUUGUUGGAACCAUUGGUGCCAUUGGGAAUGGUUUGGGUUUGCCUAUCAUGACAUUACUGUUUGGUGAAAUGGUUAAUAGCUUCGGCACUAACCAGCAAGAUCCCAACAUAAUGGAGCUAGUAUCCAAGGUUUCUCUUAAAUUUGUAUACUUGGCAGUGGGUUCUGGGGUAGCAGCAUUCCUCCAGGUGACUUGUUGGAUGGUCACAGGGGAAAGACAGGCUACACGAAUAAGGGGAUUGUAUUUUAAAACUAUACUAAGACAAGAUGUUGCUUUCUUUGAUAAGGAAACAAACACAGGAGAGGUAAUAGGGAGAAUGUCAGGUGACACAGUUCUCAUACAAGAUGCCAUGGGUGAGAAGGUUGGGAAAUUUCUGCAGCUGAUAGCAACUUUCAUUGGGGGCUUUGUGAUAGCAUUUGUCAAAGGGUGGCUUCUUACUUUAGCCAUGUUGGCCACUUUUCCACUCAUUGUUUUGUCAGGUGCUGCUAUGAGUAUCAUCUUAGGCAGGAUGGCUUCCAGAGGUCAAAUUGCUUAUGCAAAAGCAGCACAUGUAGUUGAACAGACAACUGGAGCAAUAAAAACUGUUGCAUCCUUUACUGGUGAAAAGCAUGCUGUAACUAGUUAUGGAAAAUUUCUUGUAGUUGCUUACAAAUCAGGAGUUCACGAAGGAUCCAUUGCUGGAGUAGGCCUAGGCACAGUAAUGUUUUUUGUUUUCUGUGGUUAUGCUUUUGCUGUAUGGUUUGGCACAAAGAUGAUAAUGGAAAAAGGUUAUAAUGGGGGCACUGUACUUAAUGUGAUUGUUGGUGUGCUAGUUGCAUCACUGUCUCUUGGCCAAGCAUCCCCUAGCAUGAGUGCUUUUGCUGCAGGUCAAGCUGCAGCUUACAAAAUGUUUCAAACAAUUGAGAGGGAGCCAGAGAUCGAUGCUUAUGAUCCAAAUGGAAAAAUAAUAGAGGACAUUCAAGGUGAUAUUGAGUUAAGGGAUGUUCAUUUCAGUUAUCCAGCUAGACCUGAGGAGUUGAUAUUCAACGGGUUCUAUGUUCAUAUACCUAGUGGUACAACAGUAGCAUUAGUUGGACCAAGUGGAAGUGGAAAGUCUACAGUCAUUAGUUUGAUAGAAAGAUUCUAUGAUCCACAAUCAGGUGAAGUUCUUAUUGAUGGCAUUAACCUGAAAGAAUUUCAGCUUAGGUGGAUUAGGGGUAAAAUUGGCCUUGUCAACCAGGAGCCAGUGUUGUUUACCUGUAGCAUUAAGGAUAACAUUGCAUAUGGAAAGGAGGGAGCAACAAUUGAAGAAAUAAAAUUUGCUUCUGAACUUGCAAAUGCUGCUAAAUUCAUUAAUAAACUACCGCAGGGCUUGGACACAUUGGUUGGUGAGCAUGGAACUCAGCUAUCUGGUGGACAAAAGCAACGCAUUGCCAUUGCAAGAGCAAUAUUGAAAGAUCCAAGAAUUCUACUUCUAGAUGAAGCUACAAGUGCCCUUGAUGCAGAGUCUGAAAGAAUAGUGCAAGAGGCUCUAGACAGGAUCAUGGUUAAUCGAACUACUGUUAUUGUGGCACAUCGCUUGAGCACAGUGAGGAAUGCUGAUAUGAUUGCUGUUGUUCAUAAAGGGAAGAUUGUUGAAAAGGGAACACACUCAGAAUUACUCAAGGAUCCUGAGGGAGCAUACUCUCAAUUGAUAAGCUUACAAGAAGUAAACAAGGAAUCAGAAGAAACUUCAAACCAUCACAACCAAACUGAACUUCCCACAGAAUAUUUUAGGCUGUUGAGUCGAAAAAGGUCCCUUAGAAGAUCUAUUAGUAGAGGAUCAUCCACAGGAAGUAGCCACUCAUUUUCGAUUUCCUUUGGUUUACCAACAGGAAUUAACAUCAGUGAUCCUGAACCUGAAAACUUAGAAGUAGAACCCAAAGAACAAGCACCAGAGGUUCCACUCUGCAGGCUUGCAUCCCUCAACAAGCCAGAAAUUCCAGUUCUUCUACUUGGAUGUCUAGCUGCCAUAGCAAAUGGUGUUAUAUUUCCCAUAUUUGGUGUGUGUCUUUCUGGUGUCAUCAAAACAUUUUAUGAACCAUUUGAUGAGAUGAAAAGGGACUCAAAGUUUUGGGCACUAAUGUUUACUGUCCUUGGUCUUGCAUCAUUAUUGGUGAUUCCGGCCCAAGCAUUCUUUUUUUCGGUGGCUGGAUGUAAGCUAAUCCAACGUAUUAGGCUAAUGUGUUUUGAAAAAGUGGUUAAUAUGGAGAUUGGUUGGUUUGAUGAGCCUGAUAACUCAAGUGGUGCAAUUGGGGCAAGGCUCUCAGCAGAUGCUGCUUCUGUGCGUGCACUUGUUGGUGAUGCUUUAGGACAAUUGGUUCAAAAUUUAGCAUCUAUAUUGGCUGGUUUGAUUAUUGCUUUCAUUGCAUGCUGGCAGCUUGCAAUAAUUAUUCUUGUCUUGAUUCCCUUGAUUGGAGUAAAUGGCUAUGUUCAAUUGAAAUUCGAGAAGGGAUUCAGCGCAGAUGCAAAGAUGAUGUAUGAGGAGGCAAGCCAAGUUGCUAAUGAUGCAGUUGGAAGCAUAAGAACCGUGGCUUCUUUUUGUGCUGAAGAUAAAGUUAUGGAACUAUAUAGGAAGAAGUGUGAAGGCCCCAUGAAAGGAGGGAUGUGGCAAGGGUUGAUUAGUGGAUUAGGAUUUGGGAUUUCAUUUGUCUUACUGUAUUGUGUCUAUGCAGCCAGCUUUUAUGCAGGAUCUAGACUUAUGCACGCUGGGAAGACAUCAUUCUCAGAUGUUUUUCGGGUUUUCUUUGCACUAACAUUAGCAGCUAUUGGUGUUUCCCAAUCGAGUUCCCUUGCUCCUGACUCAAGCAAGGCCAAAUCAGCCACUGCUUCCAUAUUUGGAAUAAUUGAUAAGAAGUCAAACAUAGAUCCAAGUAAUGAGUCUGGUACCACACUGGAUGAUGUCAAGGGUGAAAUUGAGCUUCGUCAUGUGAGCUUCAAGUAUCCAUCAAGGCCUAAUAUACAAAUUUUUCGAGACCUCAACUUGAUUAUCCAUUCUGGCAUGACUGUGGCCCUUGUUGGAGAAAGUGGAAGUGGAAAAUCCACAGUAAUUUCAUUGUUGCAAAGAUUUUAUGACCCUGAUUCAGGUGAAAUCACACUUGAUGGAAUGGAAAUUCGACAGUUACAACUCAAGUGGUUAAGGCAACAAAUGGGUCUUGUAAGCCAAGAGCCAGUUUUGUUUAAUGACACCAUUCGUGCCAAUAUUUCCUAUGGAAAGGGAGGAAAUGCAACUGAAACAGAAAUCAUAGCUGCAGCAGAAUUAGCCAAUGCCCACAGGUUCAUUAGUGGAUUACAACAGGGUUAUGAUACAGUAGUGGGGGAAAGGGGAAUCCAAUUAUCUGGUGGGCAGAAGCAACGAAUAGCCAUUGCUAGAGCUAUAAUUAAAAGUCCCAAGUUAUUGCUAUUAGAUGAGGCCACAAGUGCAUUAGACGCUGAGUCAGAGAGAAUUGUUCAAGAUGCAUUAGACAAAGUCAUGGUGAAUAGAACCACUGUGGUUGUGGCACAUCGUCUAUCUACAAUAAAAUAUGCACAUUUGAUUGGUGUGGUGAAAAAUGGAGUUAUAGUGGAGAAGGGAAAGCAUGAAACUCUCAUUAAUAUUCCAGAUGGAUUUUAUGCUUCCUUGGUCCAACUUCACACAAGUGCUUCAACUAAAUAAGAGAAGUGGAAGGGGUGCCUUUUAUUUUACGAAGUUGAUAUUCGUCAUAGAUGAAGUUGUUAUUCGUCAUAGAUGAAGCUAAAAUGUUUUAAUUAUAAUGUAAAAAGAUAGUGUGAUUAAUAAUUUAUUAUAAGGUACGAGAGAAUUCACUUUAAUACAAAGAGUU